AUGACUUUUAAUCCCAAAAAGUUUGUCGUGGAUUUAUGGGAGGCUCCUGAUCUCGCCACGCACGUCAAGGAAGUAAAAUUGAACGCUCAGGAUUUCAAAGGGGACAAGAUUAUGACGGCUACCGGGUCGGUUAGCGGGUAUGUCUGGUGUGCCAAGCUGGUCCGAAUUCAGGAAAUGGCGUUUAUACUCCAGAAUCUUUCGGGGUUCCCUAACGCACACACACUGCGCCUAUACUGCCGGGGGAAACGCCGGCCAGAACCUGGUUGGGAGGACCCUGAAUAUGAGACUUCUCCCUCCUGGCGCCUAGAGUCCGGGAUUUGUAGAGCGAUUGCUUCCAGCAAGGCCGUGAACAUGGUGCAAACACUGGAAAUCAGAUACCUCCGUCCGUGCAACCUCGUCCUUCGACACUUUGACUCCCCUUCCUCUCUACUAACGACAUUGACGAUCGCCGACUGCUUUCAAUCCCCAUCUAUUGGCCGCUUAUUCUGGGAAUUAGUUACUUAUCCCCGUCUUCAACAUCUCCAUCUCGAAACAGUCAGCAUCAAGACACGAGAAGGCCCAUCCAAUGUGCCGCGGAUCGAUCUCGAGACGUUUCUGCUUCGCCAUGCUGGAUCGCUCAAGACAGUCAAACUGCACAGAUGCUUGAUGGCGUCCAUACAUUCUAUCGAUGAUCCCCCGCUACGGUUUCCACGAACGUGGGGAGACGUCUGGGAUGCUGUCGCAGAAAGCCUGCCUAAUAUAAUGCAAUUCGACUUCGAACCAGUGCCUAGGAGCUCCUUCGACGAUCACUCCUCUUCAAGGGACUAUAUUGAGUGGUCAUACGGCUUUUAUCAUUCGGAGAGUGGAUAUUGUUCCAUACUACCGGACGAAUGGGAUGCAGCUGCAGAUAGUCUGCCUUGUGAAGGAGAUGAUAGAGCUGCCUGGGAUAUACUGCAACGGACACUCGAAGAAAGGAGGAAGCAAGCCCAUUGGAAUUAG